GGAAGUGAUUUUGCAGCUCUAUUCUGGAAAAAACCCUGCCCCCGGUCCCAUAAACCCUGCCCCCUCUUUUCUGAUAAGCGGUCAUUCCUACAGGGAUUUAAGAGCACGCAAAGAAAGUGCAACUGCAUCUACAAUGUCAGUAUAAUUCUGCUCCUUCUCAUCAUUGGGGGCUUAGCAAUUGCCCUAGGAUUUGUCAUGAUUGUUGAGAAAUUCCCUGCUGAUUUUGGCACGAUAGAGAAAAUGUCAAAGCCACCUAUAAACCCACCUAUUCCUGUGGUACCCGUGACAUUUGUGGAAGAAAUAUUAAGUCGAUUCCUUGCAAAAGUCUUAAGUCCAACUGACGGCACAAGCCCAAAUUCCAGAAGACAUUUAUCAAGAUCCAAAGUGAAUGAAAUUGUUGAGGACCUUAAAGAGGCCAUGGAACAAGGCCUGUCCAAACAUAAAAUCAGCCUUGCAAUAACUGAAGAACUCUCUGAUUGCCCUUUUCUACAGGCUGUUAGUGACAGUCCAGCAACACCAAGCCAAAGUACAAUGAACCCAGGCAGAAUUUCCAACAUGGUCCUUUCCCAAGAGUCCACUAGUGAAGAGCUUAAAACCUGGAGUUCUGAAGAGACAAUCCCAGGUUCCACUACAAACAAAACCGCAUCAGGGACAGAGGAGCUGACUGUGAAAACAAUCCAUUAUAUUAGAAUCACACAUAUACCCAUUGCUUCGGACUUGGUGUCUGAUCAUUUACGAGUUAUUUCCCUAAAAAUAGAACCUCCUGAGAAACUGAAAAAAGCAUCCAUUGCUCAAACUGAGAAGUGUUCUGAAAAUGCAAGUUCAAUAUCUGAGGCACAGAGAAAUGAAGACAGUCAUUUUUCUCUGGGUAGCACAGGACAACCAGUUGUAAGUCGAGAGGAGCUUCUUCUUAGGUUUCAGUCCUUCAGCAGGACCUCAUUCGGGAAGGUGCUGAAGCCUGUGCUGAACCUUCUGAAAGCUUUUCAACCCAAGGUGGACCUCCCUGCACAACUGGCAGCCCAUCAUACUGAAAAUGAAAAUCCUGAAGCAAAGCUACAGUGGGAGGGAGAAGAAGAGAUACAGUCAAUAAAGGAGACCAUUCAAACUGAAUCCUCUCUAUCUGUGGGGAGCUCAUUGGCUUUCUCUAUGGACAAUGAACAAUUAAGUGAGAAUGCUGGAGAAAGUUCAGCAGCACUGGAAGCCCAGAGAUUGGGUGAAUGGUUUUAUGAUGACAUGCGCCAAGCAUGGGCUAUAGGAGACUUUCUGUGUGUGUGAGUUGGAAACGCUGGCUGCAGGCGCUAGCCAGAAUGAAGAAAUAUCUCCCAUAUCAGAAGAAAUGGAUGUUGAUACAGGAAUGCAUGAGGAAGUGACACUGGCUAAGUCAGGUGAUGUACUCAAGGUCACAAGGAAGUCUGUAGCUAAGCCAGGAAGUGAUUCUAGGCCUCCUGAAUCCACAUUCAUUGACCUAGCCAGAGACCAUCAUUUCUGCCCUACCUACCACCUCACAUGUAACACUGCCAGAAAGAGGUAGUUAGGUCCUGACCUUCAAAUACAACAUCAUGCAGAGCUCGGCCACAGCAGAGGAUCCAGUCAAGCUGGUUAUCAGUGCCCCACCCUAACACAAGCAGACAAGGUUCCUUGGGUGAAUUUGUUAUCUUUUAUUAGACCAACCCAAAUAGUUGGAGAAUAGUUAUUAAGCAAGCUUUCGGAUUCAAAAACCCUUCAUCAGGCUAAGGGAGUUUCAGCAGUUGCUCUGUGCUCUUCCUGGAUGGAAUGAAAAGGAAAGAAGCCAGGGGCUGGGCUGGGGAGUCAGUUGCCAGGCAGAUUAUAAUGUAUCAAAAAUCCAAUGUCUAUGUUUAGUCCAUGAUCUCUAGUAUCCAGCAGGUUGAUGAAAUGGAGAUCAUAGGCUCGUCUCUGGGAAGUGUUGUGUAAGUUUCCUUUGAGGAUCAGGACUGAGAGAUUGGAGAGAGAGUGGCCCUCCUGUGAGAAAUGUGCCCCCACCGGUAAUUGGGUGUUUCUGUCUUUGAUGGAUUUCUGGUGUGCGUUCGUUCUGGUGCGCAGUUGUUGUUUGGUCUCUCCUACAUAUCUUCCAUCAGGGCAUUUGGUGCAUUGGAUGAGGUAUAUCACAUUUCUGGAGGUGCAGCUGUAAGAUCCUGGGAUGCUGAUGGCUCUGUUGUGGGGUGUAGUAAUAGUGGGGGUGGUGGAGAUGUGUUGGCAGGUUUUUUAUUUCUUGUCAUGGCAGGGUCUGGAUCCUUUUGGUGUGUUCUGGGCUUGAGGAAGUUUGCUUCUGGUGAUGAGGUUGGCGAGGUUCGGUGCUUGUUUGAAGGCAAGGAUGGGUGGCUCUGGGAAGAUCUUUUUAAGAAUAGGGUCUCUUUCUAGUAUGGGUUGCAAUUUUUUGAGGAUUUUCCAUACAGGUUCAAGGGAGGGGUGAUAGGUCAUAACCAGCGGUGUGCGAUUUGUGGGGGGUUUUCUUCUGUCCUGCAGCAGUUCUUCACGUGGUAUCCAGGUGGCUCUUUCAAAUGUGUGAUCUACUUCUCUGGAGGAGUGUCCUUGUUGGGUGAAAGCCUUUUUAAGAUUGGUGAGGUGGCAAUCCUGGGCACACUUUUCAGUACAAAUGCGGUGGUAUCUGAGGGCUUGGCUGUGUAUCACAGCUUUUUUGGUGUGUUUCGGGUGAUUGCUGGUUCUGUGCAGAUAUGUAUGUUGGUCUGUGGGUUUCUUGUAUACUGUGGUCUGUAUUUUACCCUUCUGGAUACUGACCCUAACACAUACCUUCAUAGCACACAUGGCUUAUUCCCUCUGCUUGUAGACUCCAUUUUUGGCUAAGAGCAAUGGCUGAGUGAUAACAAGACUGGAUUAGAAAUCCAAAUGUGUUUCCCUGUACCAGAUCAAAUCCUGUCCACAGGAGAGGCUUGUUUCUUGAGGAAGGACAUUGGACUAAAUGACCUUUGGACACCCUUGCUUUAUUUUUCUAUAUUAAGUGACUGCUCUCUUUUCUCCGCAGCAGCUGCUCCAAAAAAAAGGGUCAUUUUUUAUGAGGAUACCAAAUGCUCUAUCCAGAGUACGCUCUUUUCUUUCAAGUUGCCUACCACACCUCAGGAACCUUCAGAAAGUCUCACCAGAAAUUACACCUACACGUUAACAUUGUUUUGGAAAAAACAGGAAAAAAUAUAAAUAAAGUUAUGAAAAAAUGUGGUCUUGUGGAGGCUGAUAAUUGU